AUGAUUGCUCUGCAAAAGAUCAAGAUUAGAAGAAGCGAUAUACGACAGACGGAUGACGGUACACUCGUCAUUCGUGGAAAAACGUUUCCUUCGCAAAAUGCAAGUGGCGUUGGUUUUGUCGUGCACUUAUCUGUAAUCCAUCUUGUCGAUUCUUACGAGAUCCUGUUACCCCGUCUAGCCAUUCUUGCCUUCACCCUUUGCGCCAAAAAUCCAUCAAAAUCAUCAACUGCUACUCGCCAACAUCAACAGCUGAUGAUACCGGAUUUGAUGCGUUCUCCAAGAAGCUGGAUGGUGAUGAGAAGUGAUCUGCAACAAAAAGUCCUUCUACAACACCCUUGUCGUGAUCUUCAACGGAAAAGAGCCGGAAUAAAAACGGCAAUCGUCUCGCCGGAUGGUUUUCUGCUGUUCGCCUCGACUCUUGCUGAGAUCGACCACAUACUCACCAACCAGAGAUGGUGUCUACUUGACGUCUCGGCAGCACCACUCUUUUGUAGUGGUUCUUCUCCAAUGGAGAAGAACAUCUGCUAUCCGGAACGGAGGAAAGAAGCCGUAUACGCUGAUUGCAUACUCGAGGACUCCUUGUCAAAGCUGCAUGGAUCACAUCCAGACCUUGUCGAGGGUCUGGAUGAGUUCUGGAUGUUAGAGUUUUGCGGUAAAUACCGCCUGACCCUUGUUCUAAACUUCGUCGACUAUGAAAAAGCCUUCAACAGCGUAGAAACGAAUGCAAUACUGUCAGCGCUGGUCGAUCGAGGUGCGGACGAGUCAUGA